AUGAAGAUAGGUGCACUUAAUUUACCAAAUGUUUCCCCAGGAAAGGCAUGGAUACUUCCUUUUCUUGCAGUGUUUUUCUGGUAUGCCAUGUUGAUCUCAUUGAUGAUCUGCUGGUUCGUACAGGGAAGACCAAUCUUGGACACCGACCACACAGAGAUGCCACAUUAUAUUGUCUAUUUAUCUAAUAUUGGUGCAACCAAUCUACAGCCAAUAUUCAUUUGCGGAUCUCUUUUCAUGGGCAUUUUCUUUGUUUGGGCGGUUAUCGAAGAUUACUACCUAAGAACACCAGAACGCAAGUAUUUCCCUCCGAUUUUUCACUGGUUCCUAACUGCAGUUCAUGCAUUGGCUAUUGCUCUUUCUAUUAUUGCUUCAUUAUGUAUCCUCAUGGCUUCCUGUUUGAAAGAUAAUUGGCAAUAUUCAAGACCACACUCUGUGUUUGUUGUGUUGUUUGUCAUUUUCGUGUUUUCCUACCUUUGUGCACAUAUGCUUACCUACAUCAUAUACUACAAACAUUAUGGCGUCAAGUUUUACAGAAAUAUGAUUAUCAUCAAAGUCAUUUGGAUUGCUAUUGCAAUUGUCUUUGUAGUAACAUAUGGUGCUUUUAUGGGUAAGGGUAACUCCGGGGGUAGACAUUCUAUUUGGUGGGGUUAUUCCGCAAUCAUGGAAUGGGUGUUAGUUUUUUGGUACGGUCUGAUGUUCCCACUGUUGAUGGCGGACCUCAAUGUCAAGAACUAUGGUAACCAAGCCGAAUACUUAAUGGGCCAAGGAAAUGAAGCUGGUUCUGCUUCAGGCUCUGGUAACGACGAUUAUGAUAUGGAACGUAUUACCAAGCAAGAAACAUGGGAUAACCACAACCCGUUUGACAAUCGUUACGAGAAUGAGCAUACUACCGGGGUACAAGAAAAUUUGACUCAGGGAUACAAUAACAGACAGUUUCUAUAA